GUCUGGACUCACGCCGAACUCAGAUUGUCUCUCGUCUACCUCUUUCGCUCAUGGCGCGACCAUCUCUGCACCCGGGCGCAGCAGCGAGCAUUGGUGGCGGAUCGUAUGCACCCUCUUCGCAGCUGUUCUCAUCUUUAGCGUCCUGCGUAGCCAGCGUUGAGCUGACGGCCUCGACGCUCGAGGCAUCCAAUGACUCGCUGUCGCAAUCCACGGGAGACUUUGCGCGCUUUGCCAGGGUUCUCGCCUCCAAGAGACACUUCGACCUCGUUGCAGAGGGCGAAAUUCGCGCCGCGAGGGACCACCUGAGCGCCGAAAUCGCGCCUCAGCUCAAGGAGCUCAUCUUGAGGGCCGAGGAAGCAUUGCAGAAGGACGAGAGAGAGGCAAAACUGCUCAAGAGCAAGGUCUCGCAGCAGACGGCACGUCUGGAACAGCUUGCCAAGGCGCACAACCUUCCGCCUCACCUCGUCAAGCCAAGGUCUGCAGAUCAACCAGAACAUCAAACCAAGACAGGAGCCGAAGGGAGACGGCAAGGUCUGCCGUCAUCACAGACUAGGGAGGAAGGGGCAAGCUUGAAGCGCAACCUAGGAGAGCUCCAGCGACGAAAAGAUGGCCUUCAACGGGAGAUAGCGGAGAUGGAAGCACAUGCCGAGAGGGCUUAGGCUGGAAG